AUGACAGACGGCUGUCCGGGCUAUAAAGCACAUAGCGUCGUAGAGACAGACCAUGGCAUCACGGCCGACCUCGUACUGGACGGCGAGCCAUGCAGUGUCUUUGGCAACGACAUCCAUGACCUACACCUCGAAGUAGCCUACCAGGCCACGGAGCGUCUCAAUGUCCGUAUUCAGCCCAAGUACAUCGGCGCCGCGAACCGCUCUCGCUUCAUCUUUGGCGAAGAGUUCGUACGGCUACCAAGAUGGGACGGCCAAACUACGAAGAGGACCAGUGACUUGUGCUUCAGCUGGAGCAAUCACGGUGGCUUCCACCUUGCGGUCAAACGCUGUCAUGACCAGGAGGAGCUCUUCUCGACAGCGGGACACCAACUCGUGUUCGAAGACCAAUUUCUACAGCUGACGACCAGCAUGGUGCCAAAUUACAAUGUGUAUGGACUGGCGGAGAACAUACGCAACUUCCGGCUUGGGACGAACUACACCCAAGCGUUGUUUAACGCCGACACCGCUGACGCCAUGGAUUCGAACUCUUACAGCUCUCAUCCCUUCUAUCAGGAGACGAGGUAUCAUGCAGACAAACCAUCCACAGCUCAUGGCCUGUAUGCUCGGAAUGCACACGCUCAAGAAUGGCUUAUGCGAGAAAGAGCGCUUACGUAUCGUACUAUUGGCGGCUCUAUCGACCUCUACUUCCUCAGUGGCCAAGAUGCGUCGAGCAAGAAGGAGAAGGCGCCUUCUUCCAGUGCAUUGGAGACCUUCCGACAGUAUCAAGCGGGCUGCGUCGGACUGCCAGCGAUGCAGCAGGCCUAUGUUCUCGGCUUCCAUCAGUGUCACUGGGGCUACUCCGAUAUUGCGAAUCUUCGCGAAGUCGUAGCAAAUUACUCUGCAGCCGACAUUCCCCUCGAAAGCAUUUGGAACGACAUAAAUGUUUACGAUCGUACAAGAAUCUUUACGAAUGACGAGAAGAACUUCCCAGCUGCCGGCAUGCAUGAAUUCGUAGAUUUCCUGCAUGAACGAGGGCAGCGGUACAUCGUCAUUCAAGACAGCAACGUUUACUUCCCUGACCCAUCGAACGAGACCGACGUGGCAUCGUAUCCAGCAUUCGGACGAGGUGCUAAAGCCAAUGCUUACAUUCGAGACGCUACGUCUAGAUAUUACUUCAUUGGCGAGAAUUGGCCUGGGUACAGCGUUUGGGGCGACUGGCUGAACCCAGAAGCGAACGCUUGGUGGUCUUCAGAGGUUAACAUGUUCCACCAGCUCAUUCCAUUCGAUGGUGUCUGGGUAGACUUGGAUGAGCCGCAGUCGUUCUGUACCUUCUCCUGCGGCAAUGCGGAACUGAAUGGUUCAGUCUCCAUCCCUGCGCUGCCAGGAGGUGUGUCUGAGAUCACGAACCCGGAUCCGAGGCAGCUCAACUUCCCACCGUACAAGAUCAAUAAGUGA